GCCUUUCACAAUGUCAGAUUUGAGAUGAACGCAGUAAGUAGUCAAACAUACUGGAUUAUCAGAACAUCCGGGUCAUGAUUUUAUUAUAACAGAGCCAAUAGGCAAUGAUGAUGAAAAUACAAAACUCAUUAUCCUCCAUGGGGUAUCUAGGUCGUAACUAAAGAUGAAAAUAUUCCAAUACAACUUGCAACAUGUGCAAGUCGUUAUGACAAGAUUUAUGGCGUUUUCGCCAAUGUUCUUGGUACUUGGUCCUUUCAAUCAAACACUGUAUCAUGAAACGUACCGCGCUUCUCAUGAACAAGGGAGCGCAAGAUAUUCGGCUCUUAUUUGGACUGCCGAGGCCACUGGUUGUGUUGUGCACCUCCUCUGUGGUGCUUUCGCCAAAUCACAUGUCAUGGUGAAUUCAUGGUCCCAGGGAUACGUAAGAAAAUAUGCCCUUCACCUCGUCUUCCCAUUUCUACAGUAAAUUUCUGCAGGGCUUUAUGGUUGGAAGAAGUGACAAUGCCCUGGCGAGCUGGCGCGCUCAAAGAUAGUCAUGGAACUGUCUAUACGUUGCGGGAUUU